AUGGACACAGGCCGUCUUUCUUCUUUCCCCUUUGGAAACCCAAACGCUCAACCGCCUACCCCCAAACAGACUCCCAUCUCUGCCGUUUUCCCGAGUCCUGUCUUCGAAACCCCCAAGCAACCACAAGGUCACUUUGACGACGCCGCCGGCUGGACGCCUCGCUUUGCAGAGGAAUACUCCGUCUUCAAUACGACCCCCGGCAAUCUUCGAGCUUCCCCGCGUCCCUUCCCCGACUUUUCCCAUACCACGACAUCGUAUACUUCUGAGGCCACGCUGAAGAGGCCCUUGUCCGCCGAGAGCCUUGCUGCACAGAUAGCAACCCAUGCCAACCACUUCUCGCCCAACCCGAACCUAUCCUUGCCGCCAGUUGCUCCCGCUCGACGACUUCCCUCCUCUCCCAACUCCCCGAACGAACAAACCGAGUUUUCUGGUCGAGAGGACGCCGUGGUGAGCCCCGAGCCCGUGUCGCAGGACAAGCCGUCUGAAGAGCCCAAGGGCAGGGAGGGCGCUGCGGACCCCAACGGGCAAACCGCUACUCCUCCUCCCUCUUCCCACAAAGGUGGUCGGAAACUGGCUCAGAGGCUUCACGCCGCCAAUAUGCAAAAUGAUCACGGCUACGGCCAGCCUGAUUUUUCCGGAACCCCACACCAUCCCAACUUGGCGGCCGCCUUUGUGAACGGCACCGACAUGUUCGGCUUUCCCAUGUCUGCGCCAGCGAAUGCUUCUGCAAGCUUCUGGGACCCCAGUGCGGAUAUGUCGGGGAUGGAUAUCGACUUUUCCUUCGGUCCCAAUGUGUUCCAGACAUCGGGCCACCGCCACAUGCCUUCAUUCGACGCCUCGCAAAUGUUUCAGGAGGCGAGCGCCUUGCCACCCUCGAAUGGUCAGGAGACUUCUCAGCCUAUCAAGCGCACUCGUCCUUUGGCUCCCAAGCCUGCCGUGCAUCAUGUCCCGUCCAGCUCCGCAGAUAUCUCCAUGGCAUCAGUCUCGUUCGUGGAUGACCCUUUUGGCAUUGUGAGCCCCGGCGGAGUCAAUCCGGGUCUGCUGUUCGGCCGGCCAUCAUCGUCCGGCAUAGCUUCUGGCAUCCCCGUCACGCAGGGCUCGGCACAGUUCGCCCUGGCUGCUGCUGCGGAAUACCAGUCCAGAGCACCAAUGCACAGCGACGUCCGUCGUUCUCUCAGUACGAAGGAAAUGGGAUCUGAGAAUAAAACAGGCGGCAACGCAUAUGUGAACCCAUCUGCCAAGCCAAACGGGCGGCCCAGCGGGCUCCAGCGGAGCCCAUUCAACCGAGACCGCAGGUCACUAACGGACCAGCAGUCGGCUCAAACCGCCCACCAAGCCGCCCCUCUGGCAGGAUGUCCCCUCUGA